AAUAUAAACUAAGUAUUUCUCAUUGUUCAUGCAAAUGAAAAAAAUUAAAAAAAACAGAGGACCCAUCUGAUUUAGCGCUUGAACAGCUCAAUCACAUCAUCAAUGUUUCUCCGCCUUGAAAGAUUCCUCUCUCGUCUCUUCCUAUAAAUACACUCUUUCACUUCACACUCUUUUAAUUUUCUCUAACCAUUAUUUUUUCAAAUCAUUCUGUUUUUAUUUCUCUGAAUUUUAAGUGUUCUUCAAAAAUGGAAAAUUAUGAGAACAAGUACCCACCAAAUUCACCACUGAAAACCAAGAAGAUUUUCUUCGGUGCACAAAUUUUCUUGAGAGUUUUAACAGUUGGUGCUACGUUAGCGGCUGCUUCGAUUAUGGUUACUAAUAAACAAUCCAUUUCAAUUGGUGACUUUGACAUGGAAGCUAAAUAUAAUUACUCCUCUGCUUUCAAGUUCUUUGUUUAUGCAAAUAUAAUAGCGUGUGUCUGCUCUGUUCUAUCUUUAUUUUUCCUCUGCGUUGUUGGUCGUUAUAGCUCAAAUCCGGGCCAUAUUUUCUUCCUAUUUCUGCAUGAUUUGAUUAUGAUGCUGUUGCUUCUUGCCGGGUGUUCGGCUGCAACUGCAAUAGGGUUCCUGGGAAAAUAUGGGAAUACAUAUUCCGGUUGGAUGCCGAUUUGUGACCGGUUCGGAAAAUUCUGCCACAGAGGAACUGUUUCGGUGAUGCUUGCGUACUUGUCUGUGAUUUUUUUGCUGAUUCUUACGGUAAGUUCUGCAAAUAAGUCUCGGCAAAUUCAUGUGUAGGAGAAGAAAAUUAUGUAAUGUAGGGUUUGAUGUCUAGUUUUAGUCUAGUCUAAUCUAGUUUAAAAAUAAUUAAGCAGCAGAAAUUAAUGAAGAAGAUGAAGUGUGUUUGUAUUGUAAAAUUGUAGUAGUAAUGAAUGGUUAAUGAAACUGAAUCAAGAUUUAA